AUGGCGGCUUCGAGUUCACAUGGAGACGAUGGUACGAUAAGGCAAUACACAAAGUACAAUGACAUCAUUGAUCAAGAUGUAUCGAAAGUAGUUUACAAGGGAUUAGACAGGGUUAAUAACAGAGUCAUUGCUUGGAUUAAGAAGAAUAUAACAGAGGAAAAUUUUGAUGGUUUGAAUGAUGAAGUCCAAGAUUUGAUGGACUCUGACCAUGCUAGUAUACUGAAAUGCUACGAUUCUUGGAUUCUUGAAGGGUUACAUUAUCUUCACGAACGAGAUCCGGCGAUUAUUCAUCAUAAUAUUAGGUGUGAAAACAUUGUUGUUGGAGAAACAGGUGUAGUUAAGCUAGGAGAUCUGAAUGAAGCUGCAUUUAUGGGUUGGAGUGCACCACUUACUCCUGAAACUAGUGCUGAUCUUUUUGAUGUUUCGCGGUCUGAGAUAUACUAUUUUGGGAUGUGCGUAUUACAGAUGGUGACUAAGGAAGAUGUGGAGAGGAGGCCGGUUGGGUCACGUGUAAUGCCUGCUGAACUAAAAAGAGUGAAAGAUCAACAGCUUAAGAAGUUCAUUCGGAGGUGUCUGAUUCCUACAACUGUUGUAACUACUGCAACUGAUCUCUUGAAUGAUCCAUUUCUUGCACCGAGUGAUCCGAAUGUGAGUGUUCCUGUGAGUGAUCAGAGGGAUGUAUUGCUACUGCCGUCUGCUAGGGAAAUCGACAGAGGGCGUGUGAGAUUCACAUUAGGAGGACAAAUGAUUGGACUAAUGAGGGGCGGUGCAAUGAUAAUCGGUUUCGUUAGGAUAAGGUAUAUCAGUGAUGAUUUUGUGUUUACAGUCAAUCAUGAUACAGUUCAGCAAGUCAUGGAGGUUUUAAGACCAACACUUGAUCUGUCUGAUGUAGAGGCCGCAUCGAUUUCUGAGAGUAUUGAGCUACUGACAGCAAAACUUGUGGCUGAAUAUGAUGGCAAUGACAGUAACAUGGUUUAUAUCUUUGACAGUGCUUCAUCUCUUCGGAUUUCAUCUACUGAGAGAAUUGUUGUGAAUCAUCAGGCAGGUGCUCCCCCAUUCAUUAUGCAACACAACCAAGACGCGCAACAGUAUCAGCAACAGCAUGGAAUGCCUGACGACAAUAAUGUAGCUGCAUCUGAUGAAGAGGUCCAACAGAACCAAGACGCGCAGCAGGAUCAGCAACAGCAGCAGCAGCAUGGAAUGCCUGUGUUGCCUGACAUCAAUGCAUCUGAUGAUGUUGAAGAGGGAAUGCCCGUCUUGCCUGACAUCAAUACAUCUGCUGAAGAAGAGGGAAUGCUUGUCUUGCCUAACAUCGGCACAUCUGCUGAUGAAGAGGCCCGACUGACAGCUAAUACAAUGGGUCUGGCGAAUCAAGAAACACUUGCAAGGUGA